AUGAAGAUUGUUGUUAUUGGUGAAACACAAGUUGGCAAGACAUGCUUAUUGCGCAGAUUAUAUGCUAAUGCUUUUACAAAUAAUAUUCCUCAAACAAUUGGCGCAGCAUUUCAAAAUUAUGUCAUUCAAACGCAAAAAGGAAAAGUAGAAUUACAGCUGUGGGAUACAGCUGGGCAAGAAAAGUUUCGCUCAUUAACACCAAUGUACUAUAGAUUGGCAGCUUUCGCUGUAAUUUGCUUUGAUCUAACAAACAAGCCAAGCUUUGAAGCUUUAGAGAGUUGGUAUACAGAUAUUAUUGAAAAAGGACCUCCCAGAAUACAAUUCGUCAUUGUAGGGACUAAAAAAGAUUGUCAGGAGGAUAGGGUCAUCUCAUUUGAAGAGGCAAUGAACUUUGCCGAAUCUCAUGGAACAGCGUUUUAUAUAGAAACAUCAGCAAAGACAGGAGAAAACGUUCGCGAACUAUUUUUACGGAUUGCCCAAUUAUAUGAGAGCAAGCCAGAAAAUGUAGAAGUAUACCCAGAUGAUUCUCCUAAAGAGAAAGAUGGUAGUAAGUCGAAAUGUUGUUAA